AUGAAUGAAGAAUUGUCUAAAAUUUAUAAUUCUAAAAAAACCAAAAAUACUCCAAAAGGUAUUGCAUUCCCAACCUGUGUUAAUCCAAAUCAUAUUCCUGCACAUCUUGCACCAGUUAGUGCUGAAGAUGAAGCCAACAUUACUUUAAAAGAUGGAGAUGUUGUUAAUAUUAUGUUGGGUGUUCAAAUUGAUGGAUUUCCAGCUGUUGUUGCUGAAACAUUAGUUGUUGGAGCAAGUAAAGAAAAUCCAGUUGAUGGAGUUAAAGCAGAUUUAUUAAAUGCUGCUUGGAAUGCAAGUGAAGCUGCAUUAAGAACUUUCAAACCAGCUAAUAGAAAUUGGGAUAUUACUAAUGUUGUUGGUAAAGUUGCUAAAGAAUUUGAAACUACUCCUUUAGAAAAUAUGUUGAGUCAUAAUCAAGAAAGAAUGGUUUUAUACGGACCUAAAGAAAUUAUUCUUAAUCCAUCUAAACAAAAUAAAAAUACCAUGGAAACUCAUAGAUUUGGAGAAAACGAAGUUUAUGGAUUGGAUAUUUUAAUUUCCACUUCAACUGAUGGUAAAACCAAACCUUCAAAUUACAGAACUUCUAUGUACAAAUUAACUGGUGAAACUUAUGCUUUGAAAAUGAAAAUGUCUCAUAAGAUUCUUACUGAAUUUAAACAAAAAUGUAACAAUCAACCAUUCCCAUAUAAUAUUCGUAAUUUGGAGGAUGUUAAGAAAUCAAGAGGUGGUUUGGCUGAACCAGUCAACCAUAGAAUUUUGUUACCUUAUGAUGUUGUUGUUGAAAAAGAAGGUGAAUAUAUUGCUCAAUUUUUCACUACUUUUGGUAUUACCAAACAUGGUAUUGUCAAAUAUACCAGUCCUGAAUUUGAUGCUGAUUUCUACAAAUCUGACAAACUGAUUAAAGAUGAAGAAGUUUUAAAGACUUUAGAAGAACCAUUGAAUACCAAACCAGCUAAGAAAUAA